AUGGGUAAAGAAGUUGCGUGGUGUAAUUUACCUAAAGAUCUAGUUGAGUUUUUAUCCGAUCGUUUGUCCUCAAACAUUGACCUAAUCCAUAUCCGUAGCAUCUGUAAACCUUGGCGUUCCGCGGUUGCGACCAAGAAGCGUUUCCGGAACCACUUUCAACGUGACCUUCCUGUUUUCAAGGAGAAGAAGACUAUAGUCUCUCCCACAACUUUCUUCCGUGUAACUCUUCCUUCAUCGUGUUCUAACAAAGGAUGGCUUAUCAGACACAGACAAGUCUUUAAGUUCAGUAAGAACAAACUCUUGUCUCCUCUGACUGGCCAGCACAUGAUGAACACUGCCUACAAAACCCUAGACCUUUUGAAAUUCGGGGUUUCAAAGGUUUGCGAAUCUUACAACGUUCAAUACUUGUCCAAGAAUGUAAAAGAUGAGUCGUAUUCGAAUAGAGUUGUUUUCCUAGACAAUAUGUUUUUCGUAGUUGACUACGAAAACAUGCUUUGGUGUUGCAAGAGCGGAGAAGAAAGUGGAUCUUGGACAAGAAUAAACACUAAAACGGUUAAAGGUUUCUUGGAUAUUAAACUUCACAGAAGAAAUAUCUAUGCCAUAGACUUAAAUGGAGGGCUAUGGUGGAUUAGUGUAUCUGAGCUCACCAUAUAUCAAUACCAGCCCUCUCAAAAGAAAGACGACGACGACGAGGACAUUAAUGAGUGCAAAGAAACGAGACUCGUGGAGUAUUGUGGAGAUCUAUGCAUUCUUCAUCGUUUCUGGGAGAAAACUUGUGUACAUAGUGUACAGAGAACUGUUGGUUUUAAGGUUUAUAAGAUGGAUGAGGAUUUGCUAAAAUGGGUUGAGGUCAGUUGCUUGGGAGACAAGGCAAUCAUUGUGACUAUAGACAGCUGUUUUACUAUCUUAGCUUCAGAGUACUAUGGAUGUUUGGAGAAUGCUAUCUACUUUAGUGAAAAGGGAGAUGAUAGUGUGUUUAAACUUGAUGAUGGUAGCAUCAUUACCAAGAAGGUUGAUUCUUCUUCUUCAUCUUCUCAUCAAAGUUGUUUUCAGAUGUUCUCUACUUCUUUUCUCCGGAUAUGGCCCUGGGCCUAUUUCCGAGAAACAUUCGUAUUGGGCCUCCAGAAUUUUUGA